CGUCCCUUUUAUUGACUUAGGAUUGCUAACUGAUACGCAACAGCCUUUCGAUCAUUAGGAUCACUACCCGCAUGGCUCCAUUCAACAAAGACUUAUCCCAGGCACCACAAGCUCAAGCAGCAACGCCAAUACACCGAGACUCUGUAGUCAGUCUCGAACUCACACAAGCAUCUCCAGUAAAACCAUUCCCGAUGGCCCAUCGGCAUGUUAUGAGUGCUUAUACUGCUACACUUCCGCGAUCGGCACAUCCACAAACGGAUGGUGGCAAUGAGGGGCUGCCUUACAAUGGUUGGAUGAGCCAGUUCUGUGUCGAGCCGCGAGGUGAUAUCAGUACCUGCUGUCUGGGAUUUUGGGUCCCUUGCGCCUUGUAUGGAAAGACCCAUUGGCGGCUGAAACAGAUCGUUCGAGGCAAAGACGCAUCGGACUCGACAUGGAAGUCGAAGAAUGGUUGUAAUACUGCAUGUUGGGCCUGGUGCGGCCUGGCAAGCUGUCUUUCUAUGCCCAUAUCUGGGAUUAUCACUGGCAUCCAGAGAGCGCAAAUUCGGGGCACCUAUGGUAUCAAGGGUAAUUGUGCUUCCGAUAUUGCCCUCGGAAUGAUAUGUCCAUCAUGUACGCAGAUGCAGAAUGAUCGAGAGAUACGAGCUCGAGAAGGGGAUGUGAGCAUGAGAUACAAUCCAAAAUAUCUCAAAGAAGAGCCACAUAGGCUUGUCAAUACUCAACCAACAGCAGCUCAGCCUAUGGUUUAUAAUAGACCUCAUCUGGUUUCGGAUCAUACUACAGGGCAAGCCAAUCAACACCUUGAAGCACCGCCGAAGCUGCGGAAGAAGACUAAUCCCAACCUUGCUGGCAAAAAGUCGCAUCCCGAUCGACAAAAAUGUAAAGUUGAUGAAAAGAAGCGCCCCAGUGCGCGUGAACUAGAAUCUCAACGGCAGGCGAAGAAGAAGGCACUCGUGAGAAGUGCUCCUAAGAUUUUAGUCACUCAAUAUCAAGACGAGCCAUCAAUUGAGAAGCCGAUUGCAAAGACAGGAAAAUCGAGCAAGAAAGGUGGAAUAUUUGGCAAAUUCUCAUCCACUAAGCAAGAGUCAACUCCUGGAGAGACUAACACUGCCCGAGAGAUUCUGGAACCGCUGUCCCAGCAACAUACACUCGUGGAGAGGGAUGUUGUCGAAAUCGAAGAUGACACCAACAAUCGCAAAGUUCAAAUUGAGCAUGCUCUCGUCGACUGUACGACAGUUGAGCAUCCAUCCUCAGAGCAAAGCACGUCCAGUGCGCCUCAGGAACACAUGAUCAUAGAAUGUAUCACAGUAGAGGAAGAAUCACCUACGAAGAAGGAAGCAUCUGGACCCGCACAGCACAUGAUUGAAGAAUGUGAAACUGUGGUUGUGAAAUCCUCCUCACCUAGUGUUGCCGAAGAACAUCGUCUCGAGGACUGUGAUACUGUCCCUAUCUCAGAGGAUGAGCCUCCGGUUCAGGAACUCUCAACCAGUCUUCCAACUGAGCUUUUACAAGUCAAUAGACCUCGUAAUCAGCAUACUCUAGCCGAGUGCUCCGAAGAUGAGAACACGCCACCAAGCUCUCCUUCUCGACACCGAAGUACUAGUUAUAACAUAGAUCGCAACCACAAGGGCGAAGGAAAAUCAAGACAGCAUCGUCUCGUCAGCUGCCCGACUCCACCAGUGCUCUCUCACCAUGUUGCGGAGAAUGCACUUACAAUCAACAGCGAAGACAGUCAGGCAACUCAAAGACCCAUCUAUCAUGACCAGCUUCGUACCGAGGAGAUAAAUAAGUCCGCAGAUGGAAUCAGUAGUGGCAGCGCCACUGGGAGUGGCGAGACAAAUUCUGGGGGCAGCACCGAAUACCCUGCCAACCCUGAAGUCGUUCGCCGGAAGAGAAGACGUCACAAGCAACACCGAAAAGCUAUUGCCCAAUUUCCUGUCACCGCAAACAGUGAGAAUAAGCCCGUACCUGUCAGAUCAGGUUCUGCUCAAUAUUCUCUUGAGCAGGUUCUUGCUGCGAACGGUGGCAAGCGAGAAAAGCCACAGAAGAGUGGUGAGUUGGAGAAGCCGAGCAAGCAGAAGGGUCAAGACAAUGAGUCCUCUGCUGCUACUGCUGGCGGUAGUUCUGGGCAGCAAUCCGAGGGCAUUCGUAGUGAAGAGGAUCCGCGAAGUCCGGGUGUUGUUAAACACAACGUCACAGGGCUUUGA